ACACAGCCGCCUCGGUGCUUUGCUAAGCGAUCGCUCCCCGGAGCACCGCCUAUUCAUGGCUGCCGCACCAAGAAGUCGCUUUAAAAAAUGAUCUGAGCGCCACGUAGGCCAAAGAAUGGUUUUCUGCGAUCACUCAGUGCGAUUUUAGCGCUGGCGACGCAGUACGGCAUCUGCGAGGGCACCAAUCGCGGAGGGGUCCUAGUGGUCCUGGAAGCUCUUGUUUAGGAAGUUGGAGUAGACGGCGUUGAGUGCUGUCGUUUCGUUUCGUCUCGUCUCGGCGUGUGGUAUUUGAAAUGGAGGAGGAUCGAGAGCUGGAGAAGAGAGCUGUGGAUGAGCUUCUCAACGAGGCAAAGCGAGGGAGGAUCCGGGCAGAGACUAUGGGCCCUGCUGGCUGGAUGAAGUGUCCCUUAAGAGGCCCCAAUAAGAGGUUCCUCCUCAACACCCUCCGGAACACGGUCCCCCUUCGCGGGCUGUCCGAGCGGCGACCAGCAGGGGGCAGUACAGGCCACCAGUCGGCCAGGAACCAGAAGGAAGAAGAAGAAACGCCAAGAAGACGGCACUCUCGUUCAGGCAGGCACACCCAGCGCUACCACAGAGACAGGUCUCGCUCCCCCGUCAGGCAUAGCCCACCCGGCCGCCCGCAGAGCCCCAGAUCUGCCGCCAGCCCCCCUUCCUCCUGUCCUUCUCCACCCUCCAGCACCGCGGCCUUCUAGAAGACCCCCCUUCAGGGCAGCUUUGUGGGCUGAGCAGCUGCAGAUAGGGAGCUCCUUCCAAACAGACAGGCCACCUGGUUGCUAGUGAUGCCCAGAUUGACUGUAGGACAUGGACUGCUACAGCUGUGCCAAGGUGUUCCUUGUUUAACAGGUGACCUCGGUGACUUCAUAGCCUAAUUAUUCCAGUUUGUGUGUUGCUGUGUGCAAUGUUCCGUGCAUAGUUGUGCGUUUUAGUUAUUUUAAGAAAAUGAGAUGAGCGUGUGGUUGUGGUGAGUCUGGUGAAUGAGAUGCAGGGACAUGACGGAUGUGACAGAUGACUUCUCCGGGCAUCUUGGGAGAGAUCUCCUUUUGACUUCCUGGUGACGUCAACAGGACAGCCGUCAAACGGCCGUGGGGAUGUUCAGUGUGCAGUCUCUUCCGCAGUGGUCAGUCUGCAGUGUCCAGUGGUCAGUGCGCCACGUGACGUGGUGAUUGUGCUGUCCUGGCCCAGGGUGACUGUGGAAGAAGGUGACAAGUACAGGACUAAAGGUCCUUUUCUCCGUUUUAGGUUUGGUCACCAACCUUGUUUUCUGAGCCACCGUGCCAGGGGCAUGUAGUUGGAGUCCUCUUAGUGAAACUUUGCAUUCCGGGUUUUUUAAAAACUGCUGUUGCGGGAGACGAGCAGUGAAGCUGAAAAAUGCAUUGAAAAUGAAGUUAAUAGGCAAAAGAAAUGGAAACGGCAAUUAUAUAGUCACUUAGCAGGGCAUUGAGCCAUAGGUUUUUACUGGCUGCUCUGGCUUAGAAAUACAGCCUGGAUAUGUUUAUCCGUGUGUCUGUGCCUGCUUGCACUGGACUGGCAGCUUGUCCAGGGUGUCAUUCUGCUUUGUACCCUCUGCUUCCAGGAGAGACUCCAUGAAUGUUGCCACAAAUAAGCAGGUUUCUCAUGCUGGAUGAAUGGAUUCCGUUCAAAAGGUUUUCAGACAACUUACUGCUUCAUACAGAUGCCAAGUUUGAGUCACGCAGGAGGUCUCACUUUGAGAGCUCCAAGCCGGUAAAACCUCACCUUUAUGUUCUUGUUGGGAAUGCCCAAGGAAUUGGACUUUUCUGGGAAUUCAUUUUAUACUUCCACUUUAUUGCUCAAACAUCGUUCAGGGAUGUUUUGAAUGUUUCUUUUCUGAUAGUAGUGAGAUGCAUUUCCAAUCGGAGAAUGAUUUUACUGUCUGAAUAUCAAAAGAAGCUGCAUCUAUCCUCGGAUGCUUUGAUGUGGUAGUGCAGUAUCUGUAUGAAUUUAACACUGCUGAAAAUGUGAAUUAAAUAAGCAAUGUUUUAUUCAUUUUCUUUACUUUGUUUUAUUUCAUUAAGUGAUCCAUAGUAUUGGGUAACUUAAACUAUUGCACUUGUUCCCUCUUAAAACGACUGUUAAAAAUAGCUGAAUCCACUUGUCUGUGGAUUACAUAACUACUCUGUAAUAAGAGCUUUUUAAAAAAGCUUGUUGUAACAUUUCGCUGACUUCUUUAAUAAAACAAAUAGAAAAGGAA